AAACUUAAGUCAAAAAUGAAACUCCUGGAAGUAUCAUCUCCUAGAAGUUCAGCAGUCAGUUUGGAUCUUCUUAAUCUUUAUGUGGUUAACCAAAUAUCAACCAAAAAGGACAACACUGAGAACAUGAGGAAACCAGUCCACAUUGAUAUCACUGAAGAUGAAAAGAAACCUAUCAGAAGACAUAACUUAGAGCUUCCCACGUCACCCCUACGUACACAACAUAAGUCAUACUUAGAUGAUCUUCAGAGCAGGUUACAAAAGCAAGUUUUGGACAGCAGGAGACAGCAUCUCUCAGAAAAAGUAAAACACCAGCAAAAUCCGUCACAAGUAAUGGAAUUAGGCUAUGUUGAUUCUAGUAUGGAAAAUGAAGACAACAUGGCAAGAGUUUUUAGUGCUUGUCCGUUGUCCUCCUCUGGUUUUCAGUUCUCUAACCGUACACAGCUUUCAGAAGAAAAUUUCAACACAAAACUAAUGGGCAACACUUGGGAACAGACCUAUGAAAAGAAACUGCCAAACCAGCCAGGAAACAGUUUUGAUCAAGAGCCUUGGAAUACAAAACCUCCAAGCCAGUGUAUUUUCAGGAAGUCUGAUACAAUGCGUCAGGAACUGUUCAAGCCAUUUGAUAGGCCAGACCACAUGAAUUCUGCCAGGAAAAAUCCAGUGAUAAUAGCCAGUAAUGAAUCAGGAAGUUGUGAAGGAAUAAAAGAGACAAUAUUUGAUGUUGUGAAAGAAAAUGCAGAACUGAAAGGUCCCCAAGAUGGAAGUGGUUGUUCCUUUCUGGCACUAUUCGAAGAUGAGAGUCAACCAGUCCAUAAGGAUCCUUCUACAAAGCAUUUUAAUCCUUUUUCUAACCAAAGCAAUACUGACAUUUUUGUCACUGUUCCUGAUGUUAGAAAUCAAAUUACCAACAGAAAUUAUUCUUAUGACAUUAGAAGGGUUUAUCCUGCAAUCAAUACAAAAGAAAAUUCCGUAGACAGACACCUUGAAGGCGUUUUCACAGCUCCAGAACGGGUUUUCCUUAAAAGUAACAAUGUGUUAAGUACAAGCUACAAGGAAACCAGUGGACUUCAUAAAACCCACCUGCAGAACUGUCAUGAGGGACAGCAAUACUUCAUACCCUGUGAAAAGAAAGAAAAAAGAGAAAACUUUGAAAAAAAUGGGAUAUUUGCUUAUCACUAUGAUCAGCAGAAUAGCUUAAAGGAGAAUGUGCAGAAUUAUUCAAGAAAAAAAAGUGAUGACAAGUACGUGAAAGAAACAGCUUGGAAUCAGAACCAUCUCUUUGUAUUUCAAGAGUUCACAGCAGCACAUGAGAAGGGGUACAAGUUUGGAAUGAGUUCAUAUCUUCAUGAGAUGGAAAUGGAUGUGGAAUCACCACUCAGCAGCCAUUCUCACAGCUGCUCUCCAAGGCAGACUGAGAGCUAUUUGAGCUCUAGUUCUGACACAUCUGAAGAAGAAGACACAGCCAAAACGAAGGAAUGUCUGAACAAAGAGUCCUUGAAGACACACGAUGCCAACCCGUUCUCAGCCUCAGCAAGCAGAGGGGCCCCCAAGAGCUCUUGCACUCAAAGUGUGGGUAUACAUUCCAGCAAUUUUUUGGCUAGAGAAGAAGCAAAAGAUCUUCAGGAGAAAGACUCUAAUUUUUGUGCCGCAGAGGAAGAAAAUAAAGCCCAGAGAGCUCUGUCUCAGGGCCCAUCACACCGCGCCCUUAAGAGGGAGCAUGUCACUCGCAGCAGCACCAAGUGCGAUGUUUGGUCGCAGACCGAGUGCUCUGCGAUAGAAGUAGAGAAGGUGGAUGUGGGCACCCAGUGUGGCGCCUUGAGGGUGUGCAGCUGUGGGGGAUCCCUCCCCGCUGCCCGCUGCCCUGCUGGCCAGCCCGCAGCUGCUCCUCCCAGCGCUGCCGGCACCGCCGGAGAGCACGGGCGGCCAGAGCAGGAGGUGCCGCAGCCCGCGGGCACCGCCAGAGCGGCCGGGACACACGCCUUCUCUUCUGAGGCCGAGUACCUGAGUGUGGCUGGCAGGAGGACUCUCGAAGUGCUGAGCUACAUUGAUAAAAUGAAGGAGAGAGAUAAGCAGUGA